UUCAGAAAGCAGGUACCAGUAAUGGAAAAUAAAUAAAUAAUGGCUAUAUAUACUCCCUCUGAGGUGGAAUUUGAUCGAGAACACAGCCAAAGCAGUGACUGUUCGAGAAACGAAGCUUUCACUUCUCACAUUCCCCCAAGUUUGGAUUUUUAGUUACUGUCGUGAGUUGUGACAGUAAAGAAGUUCCAGAUGGGCAGAUCGCUGAACUCUUGCUUCAAGAUCAUGUCUUGCGCCGGCGAUCCGGCAAAGAAGGAGGAUGACUUGCCGCAGCCGGAGAGCAAAACUUCACCAGGUAAGCAUAGAUGGAGCUUUCAGAAGAGAUCUGCUAUGCAUCAUGUACCAAGCAAUAAUGUGAUUUCAGAAUCUAUGCCCAUUAUGAAUAAUAAACAAAACCAAGCGGCAGCUGCUGAUACUGUAAAUUCAGAAAAAGCUUCAGUUUCACAGAAAGCUACAGUUGCAGACCAGACAAAUGAAAUUUCAAUUUCUCCAUUAGAUGUAGUCCCUUCCAGAGAAUCUGAGCAAGUUACUGAUAAAUCUACUGUUAAUGUUGAUUACAACAUCCAGGAAGAUGUUGCAGUGGUUGUUCAGGCUUCUAUUCGGGGAUACUUGGCUAAAAGAGAACUUGAAAAAAUUAAGAAUGUUGUAAAGCUUCAAGCUGCCAUACGGCGUUAUUUGGUCAGGAGGCAGGCAGUUGGAACCUUGCGUUGCAUGCUGGCUAUUGUGAAAAUUCAACAACUUAUACGAGCUCAUCUAUCCAUCCGAUCUACUGAGUACACUGCGAAAGAGAAACUUAAUGAGGAAAUGAAAGCAGUGAAGGUGAAGAGACUUGAAAUGAAAUUGAACAAAACACCGCCUGUGAUCAGAAGCUUAGCUUCCAAUGCAUUUGCUAAUCAGCUUUUGAAAUCUACACUUGAAACCAAACCUAUCCACAUCAGCUGCAAUCCUUUGCGGCCGGAUUCAGGAUGGAUAUGGUUGGAGCGGUGGAUGGCUUUAACAUCUUCAGAUCAAAAAAAGGUCAUUUUGAAACAGAAUGAUCUGGGAGAGGGUAUUAAUACUGAUCUGGAUGCUUAUGAAGUCAACAAUAAGUUGCAGGUUACACAAGAACAGAGAUCAUCUGAUUCAAAGUUCGCUCCUAGCGAUCCUGCUGGGCCAGCUGAUGUUGAGGUGGACUUAAUAACCAACAGUUCUGAAAAGAUAGAAGUUGAUGUUCCAAACUCUCCAGUUCAGAAUGAACAACUCGAUUCAUAUAUUAAGGAGACAAUGUCUAUUAAGAAGGAGAAGGAAGAAUACGCAACUGGCGCAUUGGUUGAAGAAAGCUCUGAUUCUAUUCAAAGCCAAAUCCUUCUGUCAUCCGAUGUAGUUUCGGAGUUUGCACUUGAUGGUAACUCUAAUAAACCAGAUUAUUCUGAGGAGACUAACAAGAAUGGUGCCAAAAAAGAAUUGCAUGAAACCCCAGAGAUGGAAAUAGGCCAAGUCGUGAUUGAAUCCAGAAAAUCAAGAAAUCCAGGUUUUGCUGCUGUACAGGCUAAGUUUGAAGAGCUGAGUUCUGCUUCCAGCUCAAACAGAUCUCUUAAUCAUGCCUCUAAGGAUUCCAAGAGUGAUUCCAAAUCAGUUCAGUCUCAGUUGGGUUCCAAUUUAGAGGAAAUAUGUGAGACAAAAUCAGUUAACUUUCAGGUAGGUACCAAAUUUAAGGAAGUUCGCCUGGGAGAAAAUCUUACUGGCCAUACUCCAAUAAAUCCAGUUGCUACCUUAGAACAUCGCAAAGACAUUUCAACAACUUCCAUACCUGAUAGAUCAGAGGCUGGGCUUUCUGAAAUUGUUCCAGAAAUCAGAACCUCGAAUGGAAAAUUCAGUAAUGUUGGAAGCAGUACCAAUCUCAACAAUGGAGAAAUGGCUUUUGAAACAGAUGAUCUUUCGAGUGAUUCAAAUGAAAUUCAGUGGCAAAUAAUGGCCAAAAGCAGCGAAAAUGCAGCCAGAUCAAUUAAUACUGCUGAACCUUUACAAUUGGAAAAACAACCUGCAGAAUCAAUUUCAUCAAAUACGCAGGUGGUGGAUUCUGCAAAAGCUCCACAGGUUAGUAAGCCAUCACAAGAAGGAUCUCCCAGAAGCCAUAUUAUUGUUCCUGAGUCUCAAGGGACACCUUCAAGUCAAAUUUCUAUUGAUGCAAAGAGUAUCAAGGCAGAAAAUAACAUGCCUGUAAGAAAGAGAAGGUCCCAAUUACUUGUUAACAGUUCACCCACGAAUUCCAAGAAUGACUCAGGUGCACAAACCAGUGGAGAAUUUUUGAAGAAGGAGACAAAAAGUGCAAAGAGGAGGAACUCAUUUUCUAUGGUUAAGACUGAUCAUGUUGAUCAUGAGCAUCAAACCAGUAAUGGCAAUUUACUUCCAAGUUAUAUGCAGCCCACUGAGUCUGCAAGGGCUAAAGUCAACGCAAGUAUCUCUCAGAAAUCAAGUCUAGAUAUGCACCAUGACAAAGAUAAUCACAUGAAGAAGAGACAUUCCUUACCAAAUGGGGAUGGAAAGCAGGGUUCAUCCCCUCGAAUGCAGAGGUCAACUUCACAAGUACAACAGAAUAUAAAGGGAAAUGGGAUUCAUUCUCCUCCUAAUUCUUCUGAGAGGAGAUGGCUUAGAUGACCAAGCCUUCAGCAGAGUGCUUUUCAACAAAAAAAUUGAUUGAUACCAAGUUCUUGACAAGAAGCUGAAUGUUCAUUUCAUAUAUUUUUUUCCCCUCUUUAGUUAUUGUGAUUCUAUCAGAUUUUGCCACUAUAAGCUACAGUUAUGAGCUGUGAGAGUUGUGAUUAUUACUUGUAAAUUGCCGUUUGUCUUCUGAAAUCCCUAUCGUGUGAUAUAUUUCUGGUAUUUAAGAACUGUAUCCAUCAUCUCAUGAGAGCUUUGUUUGUGAACUUUUAGUAGACUUUCCAGUGUGAGUUUUGAUUGCUGAAUA